AAAGAAAAGCACAAAUGAAAUGCAGUAUGAUUGCACCGUCGCGUCGAAGCAUUGAUUUCAGAACUUGCUCUACCUCAUGCUGCAAUGAAAGAAUUGGUUUGCUAUUUCUUUAUUUUGGCGACAGCCCUCGUACACGGUACACCGCACGAUUCGGAUACAGGUGUACACUUGAGUUCUCAUUCAUAUCAAAAAAGUGUGGUUGUUGAUGAUACCGGAAAACAUGAAAUCGAAUCUGGCCACUGGGAAAAGAAGUGGAAAGAUUCUUCGUUGAAUGGUAAAGACGAUGAUUGGCAUAGAAAAGGCGGAAAUUGGCAAAAAAAAGAUGGCAAAAUACAGCUAGAAACAUCUUCAAAUGACGAUUUAGAUUCAUCAGAGGCUAGUAGUGAGAUCUCGGAUUCAGGUAGCACCGAAUCGGACUUCAGCAGUGAGGAAUCUAGAAGCCAGAGUUCAGAAGAUUCCAGUGAAUCUGAGGAAUAUUCAGAUGAGGAUGAUCAGGAGAGUUCUGAUGAAGACAUAAGUUCUUUUGAAUCGACUGAUACCAAAAGCAAAAAAUACAAUAAAAAAAGGUCAUUGGACGCAAGACAAUUCGAUAGUAACAGUUUUGAGAACUACGAGGAAACAAUUGAUCAAGACAACUCUGAUGAAAGCUUUGAUUCCACACAGAGUUCUAAACAACACAGUGUAUUACAUCAUAAAUCUCAUCCAUCAGGGGGGAAGAGUAAGUCUUCGUUGACUAAAAGGCCACACCGAUCAAAGCUGAACAAUUAUAGAAAAAGCAAUGACAAUGAAAAACAAAAAUACUGGAAGGCUGUGACGUCAGAUAGUAAAGAACUCGAAGAUUCCGAAAAAAUUAAUGGGAAAGAAGACUUCCAUGGGAAGGAAGACAACUCUCAAUGGAUGGCAGAUGAUCAUUCUAGUGAUGAAGAUUUUGCGAACAGAAUACCAAUCCUAAAAACAUCAAGGUUGGUACUCGGAAAGAAGAGAAAUUACGAUAGUUCUAGAUAUCACCCACGCGGUGAACAAACAUAUGCAGAUACCUACAAAUAUAGAAGUUCCGAUCAAAAUUCGAGAUUACAGAAAAAUAGAAAUGCAGAUCGAUCGUUAGAUUUAAAAAUGACGAAGAAUACUAAGAACAUCAGAAUGAUAAACAAGUGGAAAAUAUCUACAAAAAGUAUACUUGCACAAUUAAGCAAUGACAUUGAAGCAAUCGCUCGCAAGAGCCAAUACACAAAUAGGAAGGGUACUCUUUGGUUCCGAAAAGGUUAUCAAAGACGUCAGUCGCUUGUGAAUCAAGCGAAUGCCAUUUUGAACCGGCACGUAUCGGAGGUCCUGACAAACGGAAAAAAAGCACUCGCUAAAUGCUACAACGAUUUGGACGAAGUAGCAGAUCGCUUACAUAACCAUAUUGAAGAACUACAACGGUGCUUGUCAGCGAAUAGGAACAGAAAAUCGACGUCAAUUCAUUAUCUAAUCACAUCGCUGCAUAAUAAAGUCGAUGGUGUUACUCGUUUCCUUCAACAAGAAUUGUACGGCAUUGUAAAAAAAAUUGGAGUAGAGAGUACAAAAACAACAGAAUCAGAAGAUGAUGAAAAAUCGAAAACGGACACCACCAGUUUGUCUAGUGCCUCAUCGGAAGCGCAGUCGGCAGCUACGUCCAAAUUGAGUCACGCCAAAAGUUCACACGCUGCAUCAGAAGAGUCAUCACAAACACAGUACAAUUCGUUAACUGAGCAUGGACGUCGUACUGGAUCACAAGCUUCAUCGUCCUCGGUAUCAAGAGCAGCUUCGAAUACUGAUUCAGAAGUAGACAGCGACUCUCAGAGCUCAGAAGGUUCCGAUGCCAUUCAUGGUGAAACACAAACACCAUCAGCCUCAGAAUCAAAAGCUGCUUUGAGUUCGGACUCAGAAGAGGACGAUGAUUCGCAGAGCUCGACUAGCUCCAUGGCCAAAGCGACGUCAAAAUCCAGUACAUCAGCUUUGCCAGGUAAAAAAAGCAAGUCGAACAGUUUUUCCAGUGCCACGUCGAAAGCACAGUCAUCUGCAAAAUCCAAAUCAGGUCACGCCAAAGGGUCACACGCUGCGUCAGAAGCGUCGGCGCAAGCUCGAUCUAAUUCCUUAACUGAGCAUAACCAUCACGCUGGAUCACAAGCAUUGUCGACCUCAGCAUCAAAAGCAUCCUCGAGUUCUGAUCAAGACGACGAAAACAAUUCAAAGAGUUCGUCUAGCUCCAUGGCCAAAGCGACGUCAAAAUCCAGUACAUCAGCUUUGCCAGGUAAAAAAAGCAAGUCGAACAGCUUUUCCAGUGCCACGUCGAAAGCACAGUCAUCUGCAAAAUCCAAAUCAGGUCACGCCAAAGGGUCACACGCUGCGUCAGAAGCGUCGGCGCAAGCUCGAUCUAAUUCCUUAACUGAGCAUAACCAUCACGCUGGAUCACAAGCAUUGUCGUCCUCAGCAUCAAAAGCAUCCUCGAGUUCUGAUCAAGACGACGAAAACAAUUCAAAGAGCUCGUCUAGCUCCAUGGCCAAAUCGACGUCAAAAUCCAGUACAUCAGCUUUGCCAGAUAAAAAAAGCAAGUCGAAUAGUUUUUCCAGUGCCUCAUCGAAAGCCCAGUCAUCUGCGAAAUCUAAAUUAGAUCAUGCCAAGGGGUCACACGCUGCAUCAGCAGCGUCGGCGCAAUCUCGAUCAAAUUCAUUAAGUGAGCAUAACCAUAAUGCUGGAUCACAAGCAUUGUCGUCCUCAGCAUCAAAAGCAUCCUCGAGUUCUGAUCAAGACGACGAAAACAAUUCAAAGAGCUCGUCUAGCUCCAUGGCCAAAGCGACGUCAAAAUCCAGUACAUCAGCUUUGCCAGAUAAAAAAAGCAAGUCGAAUAGUUUUUCCAGUGCCUCGUCGAAAGCCCAGUCAUCUGCGAAAUCUAAAUCAGAUCAUGCCAAGGGGUCACACGCUGCAUCAGCAGCGUCGGCGCAAUCUCGAUCAAAUUCAUUAAGUGAGCAUAACCAUAAUGCUGGAUCACAAGCAUUGUCGUCCUCAGCAUCAAAAGCAUCCUCAAGUUCUGAUCAAGAGGACGAAAACAAUUCAAAGAGCUCGUCUAGCUCCAUGGCCAAAGCGACGUCAAAAUCCAGUACAUCAGCUUUGCCAGGUAAAAAAAGCAAGUCGAACAGUUUUUCCAGUGCCACGUCGAAAGCCCAGUCAUCUGCGAAAUCUAAAUCAGAUCAUGCCAAAGGGUCACACGCUGCGUCAGAAGCGUCGGCGCAAUCUCGAUCUAAUUCCUUAACUGAGCAUAACCAUCACGUUGGAUCACAAGCAUUGUCGUCCUCAGCAUCAAAAGCAUCCUCGAGUUCUGAUCAAGACGACGAAAAUAAUUCAAAGAGCUCGUCUAGCUCCAUGGCCAAAGCGACGUCAAAAUCCAGUACAUCAGCUUUGCCAGAUAAAAAAAGCAAGUCGAAUAGUUUUUCCAGUGCCUCAUCGAAAGCCCAGUCAUCUGCGAAAUCUAAAUCAGAUCAUGCCAAGGGGUCACACGCUGCAUCAGCAGCGUCGGCGCAAUCUCGAUCAAAUUCAUUAAGUGAGCAUAACCAUAAUGCUGGAUCACAAGCAUUGUCGUCCUCAGCAUCAAAAGCAUCCUCGAGUUCUGAUCAAGACGACGAAAACAAUUCAAAGAGCUCGUCGAGCUCCAUGGCCACAGCGACGUCAAAAUCCAGUACAUCAGCUUUGCCAGCUAAAAAAAGCAAGUCGAACAGUUUUUCCAGUGCCUCGUCGAAAGCCCAGUCAUCUGCGAAAUCUAAAUCAGGUCACGCCAAAGGGUCACACGCUGCGUCAGAAGCGUCGGCGCAAGCUCGAUCUAAUUCCUUAACUGAGCAUAACCAUCACGCUGGAUCACAAGCAUUGUCGUCCUCAGCAUCAAAAGCAUCCUCGAGUUCUGAUCAAGACGACGAAAACAAUUCAAAGAGCUCGUCUAGCUCCAUGGCCAAAUCGACGUCAAAAUCCAGUACAUCAGCUUUGCCAGAUAAAAAAAGCAAGUCGAAUAGUUUUUCCAGUGCCUCAUCGAAAGCCCAGUCAUCUGCGAAAUCUAAAUUAGAUCAUGCCAAGGGGUCACACGCUGCAUCAGCAGCGUCGGCGCAAUCUCGAUCAAAUUCAUUAAGUGAGCAUAACCAUAAUGCUGGAUCACAAGCAUUGUCGUCCUCAGCAUCAAAAGCAUCCUCGAGUUCUGAUCAAGACGACGAAAACAAUUCAAAGAGCUCGUCUAGCUCCAUGGCCAAAGCGACGUCAAAAUCCAGUACAUCAGCUUUGCCAGAUAAAAAAAGCAAGUCGAAUAGUUUUUCCAGUGCCUCGUCGAAAGCCCAGUCAUCUGCGAAAUCUAAAUCAGAUCAUGCCAAGGGGUUACACGCUGCAUCAGCAGCGUCGGCGCAAUCUCGAUCAAAUUCAUUAAGUGAGCAUAACCAUAAUGCUGGAUCACAAGCAUUGUCGUCCUCAGCAUCAAAAGCAUCCUCAAGUUCUCAUCAAGAGGACGAAAACAAUUCAAAGAGCUCGUCUAGCUCCAUGGCCAAAGCGACGUCAAAAUCCAGUACAUCAGCUUUGCCAGGUAAAAAAAGCAAGUCGAAUAGUUUUUCCAGUGCCUCAUCGAAAGCCCAGUCAUCUGCGAAAUCUAAAUUAGAUCAUGCCAAGGGGUCACACGCUGCGUCAGAAGCGUCGGCGCAAGCUCGAUCUAAUUCCUUAACUGAGCAUAACCAUCACGCUGGAUCACAAGCAUUGUCGACCUCAGCAUCAAAAGCAUCCUCGAGUUCUGAUCAAGACGACGAAAACAAUUCAAAGAGCUCGUCGAGCUCCAUGGCCAAAGCGACGUCAAAAUCCAGUACAUCAGCUUUGCCAGCUAAAAAAAGCAAGUCGAAUAGUUUUUCCAGUGCCUCAUCGAAAGCCCAGUCAUCUGCGAAAUCUAAAUCAGAUCAUGCCAAGGGGUCACACGCUGCAUCAGCAGCGUCGGCGCAAUCUCGAUCAAAUUCAUUAAGUGAGCAUAACCAUAAUGCUGGAUCACAAGCAUUGUCGUCCUCAGCAUCAAAAGCAUCCUCGAGUUCUGAUCAAGACGACGAAAACAAUUCAAAGAGCUCGUCGAGCUCCAUGGCCAAAGCGACGUCAAAAUCCAGUACAUCAGCUUUGCCAGCUAAAAAAAGUAAGUCGAACAGUUUUUCCAGUGCCUCGUCGAAAGCCCAGUCAUCUGCGAAAUCUAAAUCAGAUCAUGCCAAAGGGUCACACGCUGCAUCAGCAGCGUCGGCGCAAUCUCGAUCAAAUUCAUUAAGUGAGCAUAACCAUAAUGCUGGAUCACAAGCAUUGUCUUCCUCAACAUCAAAAGCAUCCUCGAGUUCGAAUUCGGAAGAUGACAACAAUUCGCAGAGCUCCUCUAGCUCCAUGACCAAGGGCACGUUAAAAUCUAGCAAAUCAGCUUUGCCUAGUGAAAAAAGUAGGUCAAACAGCUUUUCCAGUUCCUCGUCGAAAGCACAGUCAUCUGCAACAUCCAAAUCAGGUGACGCCAAAGGGUCACACGCUGCAUCAGAAGCAUCGGCGCAAUCUCGAUCUAAUUCCUUAACUGAGCAUAACCAUCACGCUGGAUCACAAGCAUUGUCGUCCUCAGCAUCAAAAGCAUAUUCGAGUUCUAAACAAAAGGACAAAAACAAUUCAAAGAGCUCGUCUAACUCCAUGGCCAAAGCGACGUCAAAAUUCAGUACAUCAGCUUUGCCAGAUAAAAAAAGCAAGUCGAAUAGUUUUUCCAGUGCCUCGUCGAAAGCCCAGUCAUCUGUGAAAUCUAAAUCAGAUCAUGCCAAAGGGUCACACGCUGCAUCAGCAGCGUCGGCGCAAUUUCGAUCAAAUUCAUUAAGUGAGCAUAACCAUCAUGCUGGAUCACAAGCAUUCUCUUCCUCAGCAUCAAAAGCAUCUUCGAGUUCGAAUUCGGAAGAUGACAACAAUUCGCAGAGCUUGUCUAACUCCAUGGCCAAGGGCACGUUAAAAUCUAGCAAACCAGCUUUGCCUAGUAAAAAAAGUAGGUCAAACAGCUUUUCCAGUUCCUCGUCGAAAGCACAGUCAUCUGCAAAAUCCAAAUCAGGUUACGCCAAAGGGUCUCACGCUGCGUCAGAAGCGUCGGCGCAAUCUCGAUCUAAUUCCUUAACUGAUCAUAACCAUCAUGCUGGAUCACAAGCAUCGUCGUCCUCAGCAUCAAAAGCAUCUUUAAGUUCUGAUCCCAACGACGAAAACAAUUCGCAGAACUGGUCCAGCUCCAUGGCCAAAGCGACGUCAAAAUCUAGCACAUCAGCUUUUCCUACUGAAAAAAGCAAGUCGAACAGCUUUUCCAGUUCCUCGUCGAAAGCACAGUCAUCUGCAAAAUCCAAAUUAGGUGACGCCAAAGGGUCACACGCUGCAUCAGAAGCAUCGGCGCAAUCUGGAUCUAAUUCCUUAAUUGAGCAUAACCAUCAUGCUGGAUCACAAGCAUUGUCGUCCUCAGGAUCAAAAGCAACUUCGAGUGCUUAUUCAGAAGAAGACAACGGUUCGCAGAGUUCAGCUGGCUUCGUUGCCAAUGCACCCCCAAAAUCCAGUAACGCAGCUGUUCCUACAACAAAAAGCUUUCUUCAAGGUUUACCCACCACAUCAGCUGUGUCAGCGCAGUCCAUAUCCAGUUCACUUACUGAGCAUGGUGGCUGGGAUGAAUCACUGGCAUCAUCAAGUGCAGGAUCCAGUAUUGCUUUGAGCUCACUUCCACGUGAUCAGGUCAAUCCUCAAGAUUCAACGCGCUCGUCUGCUAGAUCGACUACAAAGUCUUAUUCAUCUGCUGAGUUUGGUGGAAAUACCAGGGCUAGUCAUCCAUCUAGUAUUGCAUCAGGAGCGGCAUCUGUACCUAUAACGAAAUCUAGUCAAGAUUCAAAUUUGGCUACGUCGUUGUCUACAGAGGCACAUUCUCCGUCCACUUUGUUCACUGAUGAUAGCGACUGUACAAGCACUGAUACUAAGCUUUCAGAAUUCCAAGACAGCAGUUCCAGUACAAUUUUUGACAGUGUCGCAGACCGAAAUGAUAAUAGAGAAUUAUCUGACGCGGCAGCUCAAUCCCAGUCAACUUUCAUAAUUGAUGACGGUGCUUACACUCGUUCACGAGUUGUACCUGAGGACAAUGCUGCAUCAGCAUCAAGAUCAUUUACAGAGAAGAAUAGCAAUGCGCUUUAUACGAAAAGCCGUAUAGAUCAUUCUAUGUAUCAACCAGGUUCCUCACAAAUCCCCUCCGAUAUUCCGAGCCGUCUUGGAUUGAACACAAUUGACCGUCCCAAUGGUUUGUACGAUUCAGAAAGUGUUUCUGCACAAACUCAUCAGAAGAGUUCACUGAACGGAGAAGAUGGUUCUCCAUUGACUGCAGACGUCUCAGACUCAAAUCUACACUUAAAUUCUAUUUCUGAUCAAAGCAAUAUCAAUGAUCCAAAUAAUUGGACCCAUGAAACUCAACCUUCAAUUGUUUCCAUUCCAUCCAUCAAUACAAUUUCCCAAUCAAAUUCCAUGCUUGAUGGUGAUUCGAAACCCGUAUAUACCUCAAACCCAACAUCAGUCCAAACCUCGGAUCGUGACUCCAGCAAACAACCAGAAAUUAACUCGUCAGAAAGUCAACAUAAAACGCAUCUGAAGUAUGCUUCAAUUGUACACGCACAUUCGAUAAAACGUUCUGGAUAAUUUUUACUCUACGAAACUUUUUUUCAUACUCCUGAGCUGAGAAAACAUAGCAUUAAGUGAUUUGAGAGCCCGCAAAUUCUGCAAAUAAGAUUUUCUUAUUUAUAACAGCUCACUUUUUUCUCAACUUUCAAUAUUUUUCAUCAUUCACUUGUCUUAUAAAUAAAAGUACUUACAAUAAUUUUUAAACAGCAACGAUAACAUAUUCAUGUCUCUAUUACCGCGUGAACGGUUAAAGUUAUGUCGUUUUAACUGAAGCAACAUAUUCAAUUUUAGAUCUAAUAAAGAAUUGCGACGUACAUCGUGUUUACCGAUUCUUUGAUAAUACCACCGUUGUUAUCUAUUAGAAUUUUCCAAGCUUCACUACGUGUACAAAAGAGUGAAUAAAAUCCAUUCAUACUA